AUGCUUAUUCGUAAAGUUGCAUCUCAUUUUUUGGGUCCUACAUUUGAGAGCCCAUCCUUAACAAAAGGCCAGCAAAUUUUUAUAGAACUUAGAUCAAUUAUGGAAAAUCCUAUAAUAUUGAAAUUUAGACAACCAGUAACAGAAGAUGCUGAAAAUUACAUAGGUCUCACAGAGCUUGACAUUUUAGGACGUAUUUUGCAUGUGACUGAUUUUAUCGGUGGAAAUGUUGGCUUUGUCUUAGAAACAUCUUCCAAAAUUGAUGAUCAAACUGAUUUAUCUAAAUUGUGCCCAUAUAUUGUUGAUUUCAGAUUAACGGAAUAUCCCGAUGACUAUGAAAAACCGAUCUGUGAGGAUUUGUUAGCUGGAAAAUAUCUUUCGGACAAGAUUAUGGAAGCUGUACUUUGCAACAAAGAUAGGGAAGAAAAGUAA